CAUCAACCUGGACAGAAAAUAGAUAAAACAAAAUUAAUUUAUGAAAAGAACAAAAAAGAAAGAAACGUGUUGAAUCAUUGAGUGUGUUUGAUCUUUUUUUUGGAAUUUCGAUUUAUUUAUUCGAUUUCGAUGUAGCCUUGCAAAACCUCAAAUCAAACGCAAGAAAAACAGUUGAUUUUUUUCAGGUUGUUGUUGUUUUGGAGGGGAAAUCAAAAUUUGGAUGAAUUGCAGCAGAUAAUGAUUUGUUGUUGCUCUCAGAAUCUGAGAGAUGCGAUUCAAGAUUGUCUUCGUGAUUAUGAUAGGCUUCUCUAUGUGGCUGUCAUCCUCAUUUACAUCCAAAUUGGGUGCGCCAUGACCGGAUCCCUCGGCGCAUUAUACAACGGUGUGUUGUUGGCCAGUUUGGGCAUAGCCUUGUUCUCUUUGGUCGCCAUCGAGAGUGGCAGUCAAAGCUUAGGCCGGGCUUACGCCGUUCUGCUCUUUUGCGCCAUUUUGCUCGACAUUUCCUGGUUCGCCCUCUUUGCGCACGACAUUUGGAACAUGUCGAAAGAGAGCAACGGCGACGGGGAAGGAGAAGGGGAGGGUCGCGGAAUGUUGUUCACUUUCUCGGUAAGGUUAACGCUUGCGAUGGAGAUAGUGGGUUGUUUCGUGAGAUUAUGGUCUUCUCUGUUGUGGUUUCAAAUAUAUAGGCUUGGGGUUUCGUAUGUAAGCAGUGGUGCCGAAGACCCCGAUUUUGAUUUGAGAAAUGGAUUUUUAAGCCCUUCAACUCCCUCAGAUGCCUUACUUAGACAGCGCUCUCAAAAUGAAUUUGAUGAAGCUUUAGGAGGUGCCAUUUAUGAUCCACCUUAUUACUCUUCUCUCUUUGAAGAUCGUCAGCAAUACAAUAGAAAUUCUUUUCUGGGUCAUGAUGGUAUGGGUGGAAGUGGAUCUGCUCCUGAUGUUGAAACUUCUCUGCUAAAGCUGUCACCUGUAAGGACUCUUCGGGUUAUCGAUGAGGAGAAUGCUUUAAAAAAGCCUCAAUCUGUUUGAAUCCGAGCAUGAUAUCCAUGAGAAACUGAGCUUAUUAUUAUCACUUUCAAAUCCCUUGUUUCAAGGCUUAAUUUUUUUUCGGCAGGGCGGGAGUGGAUUUGUACAGGUUCCUACUUUGUCAUUCUUUUCGCAGGAUGUAGCUGAAGGUCUUCGAGUUAGAGAAGAAGAAAAAAGGCGAACGGUGUGUUUAACUCCUGUAAGAAAUAGAGUUUAAAAAUGUUUUUUGGUUCCAUUUCUUUUUAUAUAUUUGAGAAAUUUAGUUGGUUAUGAGAUGGAGAGGUGAUGAUUGUAGAAGCCAAGGUUGGUUUCUUAGCUGAAAGGUACAGAGUUGUAGAUCAGAAACAGAAACCAAGCUUAGCACAUGGGGUUGAGGGUUAUUUUGUAACAGCUAGGAUUGUGCUGUCUUUGAACUUGCUUUGUAUUUGACUUUUGUGCUGCUUUAGGCAUCUUUGCUUAAAACAUUCUUGAAGAGCCCCCCUUUCAGGGUUA